AUGCCGCCUCGACUACAAACACGCCAGGCGCCCAGCGCCCGUGCCCGAAAGGGCCACUAUUCGUGCGAGUUCUGCCGCGUGCGCAAGCUGCGAUGCAGCCGCCCGCUGCCCUGCACCAACUGCGUGUCGCGGGGCAAGACGUGCGUGAUGGACGCGGAGGGGCCCGUGGAGAUGCCGGUGCCGAUGGCGGUGGCAGGGCCGGCGGAGGUGCGGCCGACGCCACUGCCGGCGCGCCAGCAUUCGCCGUCGUCGCAGACCACGGGCACGCCGUUCGGACACGACGCCGGCAACCAGGCGCUGCUGGACGAGGUGUACCGUCUGCGGCGGCUGGCCGAGGACCUAGAGCGGCGCAUCCACGGCGGGACGGACGCGUCGACGUCGACGUCGACGGGCCGGCCGGCCACAAAGGCCAUGGCCAUGCCGCCGCGGCUGCCGUCGCCGCCGCCGCGGCCUCGUCCGUCGCCGGCUGUCGCGCCCGACGCAAUGGGCCCGAUGUGCGCCGUCGUCACACACCUCGACCGCGUGUCCAUGAGCAACGGAUCGUACGCGGACCUCGGGCAGCCGUCGUCGGCGUCGGCGACGGGGUCGCCGUCGGCGCUGUCCUCGACGACGACGGCCGUGGCGGCGGCGGCGGCGGCCAACCAGUUUGAGCAGAGCGGGCUGGCGCUCAAGAUUGCGCCGAUCCUGUCGAUCCCCACGGCGCCCGAGUUCAGCUACAGCAUCGUCGGCGGGGGCGACCGGCUGGGGGCGCCGCGGCGCCACAUCCAUCUGCCGCUGUACAGCGAGACGACGGCGCUGAUCGACACGUUCCUGCACACGGUGGGCAGCUUCUACCACAUUGUGCACCACCCGACGACGCCGGCGCUGGUGGCCAGCGUGUACGACCGCGUGCAGCGGCACAACGGGGCGCAGCUGGCGCUGGGCGACGUGCUGCUCGUGGUGGCCAUGAUUGCCACGGGGGCGUGCCUCUACACGCCGGAGGCGGACAGCAGCAGCAGCAGCGGCGGCGGCGGCAGCUACGACAGCAACGCCAGUGCCCUCUUUGCCACCCGCGGCGAGGCCGCCCGGCAGAUUCCGUACUGGAUCCAGUCGGCCGUGCACCUGCUCGAGGCCCUCGUGCGCGGCCCCGCGCCGCCCACGCUGUCGGCCCUGCAGGGCGUGGUGACGCUGAUGUUUCUGAUCAGCAACGUCGAGGGCGUCGGGUUCCGCUACCGCUACAUUGUGUCCACGGCGCUGAUGCUGGGCCGCGAGCUGGGGCUGCACUGCAUCGACCAGGAAGGCAGCGGCGGCAGCGACGACAGCCACAACAGCCACAGCAGCGGCGGCAGCUGCGGCGGCGCGCAGCCCCUGACGACGCCCUUUGAAAAGGAGCUCGGGCGGCGCGCGUGGUGGUACCUGGCGUCGACCGACUGGCUGCUGGCGGCGCGCAACAGCGGGCCGGGCGUCGGCGUCUACCAGACGCACCCGCACAUGAUGCGCGUGCGGGAGCCGCGCAACAUGGACGACGACCAGCUGGGGCCCGCCAGCGCGGACCCCAUCCACGGCCUGCCGCUCGACGUGCCCACCGACAUGUCGUACCUGCUGCAGCGCGUGCGGCUGGCCAACAUUGCGCGGGGCAUCGUGGACCGCAUGCCCAUGGUCUCGGCGACGCAGUUUGUCGGCGGGCCGGCGUCGUCGUCGGCCGCCGCGGCGUCCCUGCUCGCGCAGUACCGCGAGAGCGCCCUGGCGUCGGACGCCGAGCUGGACGCGAUGCUGCGGGACAUGCCGCCGUUUCUGCGGAUGGAGACGUACGAGCAGACGGGGUGGGAGGCGGGCGGUCACGACGCCAAAAACAACACCAAAAACAACACCAAAAACAACACCAAAAACAGCCACGGCCGGCCGCACCGCAGCCACUUCAUCCAGGCCUUUAUGCUGCACUCGCUCAUCCACACCCAGCGCUGCAAGCUGCACCUCUCCUACCUCACGUCCUGGCGCCGGCAGACGGGCAACCACACGGGCUGCGUCCUCAAGCAUCCCGACCCGGCCCGCCGGCCGUCCGUCGCGGCGGCGUCCACCACGUCGCGGGCCGUCUGCAUCGACGCCGCCCGCCAAAUCAUCCACGCCGAGACGCAGAUCCGGCGGCGCGCGGCCGGCCACCCGUUUGUGCAGAGCCGGCUGUCGUGCGUGCUGUACGGCGUCUUUCUGGCCACCAUUGUCCUGAUGAUUGACCUCUGCGCCGACAACGGCGAGGACGCGGCGUCGUCGCCGUCGGCGGUCGACACGCGUGCGGCCUUUUCCGCCAUGCAGAUCGUCGCCGACGCGCGGCCGUACUCGCCCGCGGCCGCGGAGCUGUACACGUCGCUGACGCAGCUGCUGGCAAAGCACCGGCCGCAGCUGCUGGAGGCGGUCCUGGGCACCGCGAUGCCGCCGAGGGCCGUGGAGGCCAUGGAGGCCAUGGAGGCCUUGGAGGCCAUGGACGCGAUGGACGCGAUGGACGCGAUGGACACGCUCAAGGCAGUGCCGCCCCUCGAGGCCACGACGACGACCACCAUGCCGCCCACAAACACCGACUUUGACGUUUCCUUUUACGACUCCCUCUACAACAACCCGCUGGCCCUCCACUUUGACGGCCUCGACAACCUGGCCCAGUUCCAGUGGGACGAUCUGCUCGCCAAUGUGGACAUGUCCUUGUAUGUAUAG